AUGGUUGACUCUUACAAUUGUUUACGUCUAGAUGAUAGACGCGUUUUCCAUGUUGAAGUUUAUGAAGACGAUGACAAGCAGAAAUUCUUCGAAUUUGGUAAUAAUAAAAAAGUUCAAUUUGAGAAAUUAAAAGUUGGACAACUCGCGGAACUUAUCUCUCUUGACGUUGAUAAAAGUAAGCUUAAUACUGAAGACGAUAUUAGAAAGCUUGGAGGCGUGCCUAUGGAAUUUGAAUAUGAUUUUAUAAACUAUAUUAAAGAUGAACCUUCAAGAAAUAAAAUCCACAUCGUCGCUGUCGUUGCAACUACAACCACUGCAGGUCCCUCUCAGCAAGGCGUCUCACAAGAAGAAAAGCCUCUUACAAUGGAAAGAAUUAUCGAAACUGCCAAUAUAAUAGGAAAUAAAGACAAACCUGUUAUAACCAUGUAUGAUUAUAUCGAAAGAACGCAUAUACAAGAGUUUAUCAGAAAAAAAAUAGAAAUCAAUUUAAAAGCCUUUGAGAAUGAAAGCUCUCGUCUAAACGAUUACCAAGGAAAUCAGCAUCUCGGUGGUUCUGGUACAGGUAAAACGCGACAUGGAUAUGAGACGAUUAAUAUAAUAAAAGACCUUAUACAAAUUAAGGAUGGUAGUUUUAGACCUAUCCAUAUAUUUGUCCAGAUUUUUCCAGAAUCUUUCCUCAUUCGUUUUGAUGAACGACCUCAACGUGACCCAUCUUUAGGUCGUUAUCCUCGUAAUCCUUCACACGUAAACAGUAUAGGUCACUACCUAGCAUUGGCGAUUGCAUCUUAUUAUUUCACAAAAAACUACCGGCAAGAAUCUCUACAAUAUUUUAAAGAAUUAGUGAAAAGUUCUACUUUUGAUUUAAUAACAGUCUUACAAGCGAUUCAACAAUCCUGUUCUAUAGAUUCUCAGCAGCCACUUUUAAUCCUCUUACAACUAGACGAAUACCAGCGCUGCACAGGCACUGCCCCAAUAAAGCUCCGGGAAUAUGAUAAUACAGGUCAUCUUAGCGUGACUGAUUACAAUGUUUAUGAUAUACAUAUGUCACCUAUGGAUAUCGAAAAUUCUCUUAACUUUAUGGAUUCUUGUGCUUCGGAGCUUUUGAGAAUGAAGGGACCUUUUGAUUCAGUAGAACAAGUCAAAGAAAUUUGGAAAGUUCUUGUUGAUUGGGCAAAACAAAAGUUUCGAUUGAUAAUUGAAAAGAUUGAUAACACACGAUAUAAAGCUAAAGCCCCUCUUGUACUAAUUGCUUCUCUUGUCUCACACUUAGAGUUAGGUUUCUUUGAUGAUAUCAUCUUGGAUCCAUUUAACCGACUAGAUGAAGAAUCUUUCCCAAAAUUCAUUUUACAUAUGCAUCUGAUUACAUACAGGUUGGCGGAUUUUAUUGGAGUUCGUCAAAUGACUAUUGAAGAAAUUUACUUUGGGUGUCUCUUGGCAUCAAAUGAAAAAGAUUAUGAUGAUCCCAAGAAUCCGUACACUUGGAAUCAAUUAAUUGAUCGUAAAGAAGUAUCUGUUAUCGCAGAUGCUAAAAAUGACAAGAAAGAAAAUGUAGAUGUCACAACGGGCCGUUUCAUCGUAUUGGUUGUAGGCGUAUAUAAAUUCAGUUCUGCUACCGAAUCAGGUGUACCUGUCCAUAAACCGUUUACAUUGGAAGAAUUUAAAAAAGAAUUAAAGAAGGCUACUAAGGGUUGUGAAUGCUUUAUAGUGAUGACUAUAAAGAAUUUUUUAGAUGAAGUUAGUAAUCUUCCCUCAAGAGUCUCAGGAGACUUAACAACAUGA